GCUCACAUACCGCCUGGAUUCAGGACUCCUAUCGACCAUCGUAAAACUGGACAUGUUGUGUGGUAUUGUUAUUUAGGACGUGGUUGUAGGUGUCAUGAUGUAGAGAUAAUAACCUCGACCUUUGCUCACUAAAGAUGAACUCAUGUUAUAUGUGAUGGGCUAAGCCAGUCCAUCGUUUGUUACUACCUGGAUCCGUAGGCCGGUAUAAAAAAUGAGUGCGAAGACACAGGCUAUUUUCGUGUUGGUUUUUGCUGGGAUUUUAGUCAGCCCAAGUCAACCACUUUCCAGAUUUUCGUCCCAGUCAUUUCAAAGAGGUGUGAAUGGUGGGGCAACUUGUGUCGCAUGCACCGUUAUUGUGGCACUAACAGAACAACUAAGUGAAAUCUACAACGAGACCGCCGUCCGGGCCUUUGACCGCCUGUGUAAUUUUCUACCCGUCGACUAUCAGAUCUAUUGUCAAACAUUUGGAAGUUACUUUGUUCCGUUAAUAAUUGACAGUUUAGAGAAGAAAGUGACGCCGGAUGUUGUCUGUCACCGUAUAGGGUUAUGCUACACACAGGCCGGAAAACCGGAGUGCACGAUUUUCCCCCCUCCAAAGGGUGGUGUAAAGGCGCACGUUGACCGUAUUGCAAAGCGGGACACCAAGCUGAGAUAUUUGCGAGCUGAUAUCUGCGAUUUACCAGGAGUGAAAGAAUUAUGUGAAUGGAUUAAAAAAAUAUUUGAUCAGCACGACCCAGCCUUGGAUGCAGACGGAGAUUACUAUAGUAUAGCACAGACAUUACGCGGUGUGUCAUGGCGUGGCAAAGAUUGUGACGAUUCUAACCCAGGUAUACAUCCGGGCGCUAAACCUAUUGACUCGGACAUAUACGUCGACUCGAAUUGUAAUGGCAUAUACGGCGUUGAUGGUGCCUCUGGGACCCCGUAUGAGGACUUGUUAUGUGGGAAUAGCUCUUCCCGAGGGGUAGCUAUCCUGGGCGACUCUGUGGGUGCCCACUUCCACCUCCCUGAGGAAUGGUUCGACAGUAGUCUGAUCUCAGUGGAAGCCUUCAAGGACCUGACAUUUAUUUUGGAAAAUGAAAUUGACUGGCCGGAGUUCUCCGCUGCAACAGGUUACAAGAACAGCACGUAUUCGGUGACGAAGGGUCCGACACAUUCCAUGUAUCACAGUAUGUGGGAGAGGAACCGGUGUAAUCACAGGGAUUAUCAGAACAUUGCCGUCAACGGUGCACGAUCCUCAACGAUGCUGUCCAGCAUCGUUACAAGCCUGGCUCGAAACCCUAGCUCAGACACUCCUCUGCUCAUCAUCUACGCUCUUAUUGGUAAUGACGUCUGUAAUGGGCACCCAGACACAUUUGCUCACAUGACAACCCCCGAGGAAAUGCGAGAGAGUUUUACAAAAACCUUACAGUAUUUGGAAACCCAUGUUCCCACCGGCAGCCAUAUUGUGGUGAACGGCCUAGUGGACGGACGUAUACUCUUCAACAACCUUCAUGACAGGAUCCAUCCUAUUGGCCGAUUCCGCAAUGACGUCACUUACUCUGAUUUUUACGACUACUUGUAUUGCUUGGAGGUGUCCCCAUGCAAUGGGUGGCUGACUUCAAACGAAACUGUCCGAGAUAAGACGACUGAGAGAGCAAAGCUAUUAAACAGCGUUCUCAAGAACGUAUCGACGUCUUAUCAGAGUCAGGUGUUUGAUGUUCACUACUUUGAUUUCCCUAUAGAAGAUGCUAUAAAGACGUGGGAAGCUAAUGGAGGUGAAGCGUGGCAGUUGAUAGAACCCGUGGACGGUUUUCAUACCAAUCAGUACGGUCAAGCCUUAACGGCCCAGGUAAUGUGGGACUAUCUGCAGACGAAUUUGCCCGAUGUCAUUGGCGAAGAGAACCCACACAACAGCGAUAUCCAAUCUUUGUUCGGGGACCAGGGAGGUUACGAGUAAUCGGAUGUCUUCGCCAUCAUACACCGUUCACCCAUCUACAACACAGGGCUACUGGUCCCAUGCUAAGAAACAACACAAGAAGAAGUGCUUAAAUUUGGACCAGUGUAUUACGGAACCUGUUCUACCUGACUGUUAUAUCCUGGUUCCAGUAUAAUUCACAUGCCUAUGCAUGUGAGCUGCGUGGUUGUUUUUAAUAUGUGAUGGUAGGGUAAUUUAGUGUUAUGAUCGUCAUAGCCUAGGAUAGUUUUGUGGAAUAAGGUCGAUUCGGUAUAAGGUAUAAAGUAAUAACGUUACUUUAUACCUGGUUGUUUUAACCGAGAUACUCAGAAAAUCAUCGAAAUAUUCGUGUCCAAAAAUAGUAAAGAGGCACUCAGAUUUUUAAACUAUACUUGAACACAUAAAUUCUAGUUAAUUAGUGUUAUCGGUACACGUUUUGUGGUAUCCAGAGCGUUAUGUAUUUACCAGAACUUUGAAUAAUUACUCAGUAUCUUAUGAAUAAUCAGUCAGUGUCUUGUGAAUAGUCAGUCCGUUUGCUUUGAAUAAUGAUUUCAUAUCCUGUGCAUUAAUACUAGCCCGUGUACUAAUACUGAGAAUAAUCAGUCAGUAUGCUGUGAAUAAUUAGUAUUGUAAAUUAUCAUUUAGCAUGCUCUGAAUAAACAACCAGUAUGUAGUGAAUAGUCAUUUAGUAUGUUUUGAAUAAUCAGUCAGUAUCAAGUGAAUGAUCAGUCCUAAUAUAGUAAAUUAUCAUUUAACAUUCUGUGAAUAAACAGUUAGUAGUUGUGAUUAUUCAACUAGUAUGUUAUGAAUAAACUGUCAGUUUCAAGUGAUUAAUCAGUCCGAAUAUAGAAAAUUAUCAUUUACCAUUCUGUGAAUAGUCAGUCAGUAUGUUGGAAAUAAGUAGUCAAUAAUAAAUGAGUGAAAUUCUCUCUUUCUUUUCCUU